UACAAAGUAAAUGAAAUGAGUUGGGGUUGAUUCAACUCUUGACGACGAAAUCCUCAAUUGCGAAGCGAGUUCGAGCAUUCGAACCCUAGCGUGAUUGCAAAUGCAAAUGUAAAUGUAAUUGCGAUCAUUCAUUUUCGUCCGAUCCACCUCCUUUGCGUUAUGUUACAGUGAUAUCACGCUCAAUCCGCUGCUGUCGAGCUGAAGGAAGAUCGGCUGGGUUUUGCCGUCAAAUUCGGCGUUUUUUUUCAUCGGAAAAACUUCCACACACCGAUUCUCGCCGCCAGUCGAUCGAUCUGAUCCAUAAUUCAUAGGCUUCAUUGAAGGCUAACUAGAUCUAUCAUUCAAUUUUUCAGAAUUGGGUGGGAAAGCAGUGAAUCCUAAUCCCUAAUGGCCAAUAGACAGCAGCAGUCUUCUUCUUCAAGCGGCGGCGGCGGCGGUUACUCCUCUACUGUUUCACCUCCUAAUUUAGAUGCAUCGAAAUUGGGAGGAGGAUUCGGUGGUCCACCUCCCCCGGCGCUGAUACAGCCGAAUCAGAUACCUUCUCCGUCGAUCAAGACCCCGAAUUUGCCGUCUCCGGUUAAUGGGAUGCCUCUUCCUCAUUUGAGCACUCCCCCUGGCCCUCCUAUGUUUUCAUCGCCCCUCCAGCCGGCUGCUGUGCCUUUCAGGACCUCCCCUGCAACUCCUCAGCCCAUUGCCCCUUAUUCAUCCAAUUCCUCCUUGCCCACCUCUUCCCCAUCCUCCCGCAAUUUCUCAAAUGGGUCGCAUCAUCAGACUUCCGAUCUUACGGAGGAGCUCACCUUCGCCCCUCAUGCCGACUCUCCCAAUCUUCUUUUUUCCGCUCACAAGGUGUUAAAACAAAAGAAGCUAGCAAAUGUACCCAGUUUGGGAUUCGGGGCUAUAGUUUCUCCAGGCAGGGAGGUUUCACCAGGGCCUCAGAUAAUUCAGCGUGAUCCACAUCGUUGCCAGAAUUGCGGAGCUUACGCCAAUCUAUACUGCAAAAUUCUACUUGGUUCAGGCCAGUGGCAAUGCGGAAUAUGUAGGAAUUUAAAUGGCAGUGAAGGGGAAUACAUAGCCCAAAGCAAACAAGAUCUCAGAAAUCUUCCAGAGCUAUCAUCUCCUCUGGUUGACUAUAUCCAGACUCCCACCAGAAGACCUGGUUACGUUCCAGUAUCAGAAUCUAGGAUAUCGAUUGUUCUGGUGAUCGAUGAGUGUUUAGAUGAACAGCAUGUACAACAUCUACAGAGCUCUUUGCAUGCAUUUGUGGAUUCACUGCCCCCAACAACAAAACUUGGAAUUGUACUUUAUGGUCGCAUGGUGUCAGUGUAUGAUUUCUCUGAAGAAUCAGUGGCAUCUGCUGAUGUACUUCCCGGUGACAAAUCACCAAGUGAGGACGCCUUAAGGGCAUUGAUCUAUGGCACUGGUGUAUAUUUGUCUACCCUUCACUCUUCUCUUUCUGUAGCGCAUGCAAUACUGUCGUCAUUGACACCAUAUAAACUGAAGCUGCCUGAAGUUCAGAGAGACCGUUGCUUGGGCACUGCAGUGGAGGUUGCCUUGGCAAUAAUUCAGGGGCCAUCUGCGGAAAUGUCAAGAGGAGUAGUUAAAAGGCCUAGUGGAAAUAGCCGAAUAAUUGUGUGUGCUGGUGGACCAUGUACCUAUGGCCCUGGUUCAGUACCUCAUUCUCUUAAUCAUCCAAACUAUUUGCACAUGCAGAAAUCAGCUUUGAAAUGGAUGGAUAAUCUAGGUUCAGAGGCUCAUCGGCGCAAUACAGUGGUUGAUAUACUUUGUGCUGGGACAUGUCCUGUACGGGUUCCUCUACUGCAGCCUCUUACAAAAUCUUCGGGAGGCAUUUUGAUUCUUCAUGAUGAUUUUGGGGAAGCAUUUGGUGUGAAUCUGCAGAGAGCAUCUUCAAGGGCUGCAGGUUCUCAUGGUUUACUGGAAAUCAGGUGUUCAGACAAUAUUUCCGUCAGUCAAGUGGUGGGACCUGGUGAGGAGGCCCAUGUGGAUAGCCAAGAAUAUUUUAAGAAUGACACUGCUGUUGCUGUUCAGAUGCUGAGUGUUGAAGAAACCCAAAGUUUUGCAGUGUCAAUGGAGAACCGUGCGGAUAUCAAGAGCAAUUUUGUGCACUUUCAGUUCGUGAUUAAGUUUUCAACUGUUUAUCAAGCUGAUAUCUCGAGAGUGAUAACUGUUCGACUUCCGACUGUAGAUAGUGUUUCGGCUUAUCUAGAGAGUGUACAAGAUGAGGUGGCAGCUGUUCUUAUCGGUAAAAGGACUCUUUUGCAAGCCAAAUCCUUUAACGAUGCUCUUGAUAUGAGGCUAACACUUGACGAGAGAAUUAAGGAUGUUGCAGUGAAGUUUAGUUCCCAGGUGCCAAAAUCAAAACUUUAUCGGUAUCCUAAAGAGCUGUCGCAAUUGCCUGAAAUCUUAUUUCAUCUUAGAAGAGGCCCUCUGCUGGGAAGUAUACUUGGUCAUGAAGAUGAGAGGUCUGUUUUGCGGUCUUUAUUCCUUAAUGCUUCAUUUGACCUAUCCCUUCGUAUGCUAGCGCCUCGCUGUCUAAUGCAUCGAGAAGGUGGGACUUUUGAGGAACUCCCAGCAUAUGAUCUUGCUAUGCAAUCCGAUGCUGCAGUUGUUCUUGAUCAUGGCACUGAUAUCUUCAUUUGGCUGGGUGCUGAACUUGCUGCACAGGAAGGAAAGAGUGCAGCAGCAUUGGCUGCUUGUAGGACAUUGGCUGAAGAGCUAACCGAGUUGCGUUUUCCAGCUCCUCGGAUUCUUGCAUUUAAGGAGGGGAGCUCUCAGGCUCGAUAUUUUGUAACUCGAUUGAUACCAGCACACAAGGAUCCUCCUUAUGAACAGGAAGCAAGAUUUCCUCAGCUUGGAACGUUGAGUGCAGAUGAAAGAACAAAGCUAAAGAGUAGUUUUGUUCACUUCGAUGAUCCGAGCUUCUGUGAGUGGAUGCGAAGCUUGAAAGUUUUGCCCCCUUAGGCUAGCUAUGACGAUUUUUUUUAUAAAGAUGAUCAAUAAUGAUUCUCAUUUAUCCCGUGGCCAUUUCAAUUAAGUUUUGUUUCUAUGUCCGACUAAGAGAACUAGUUUCUCUCAUACAUCACAUUUUGCCUUGUAUUUUCAUAGUCCUCUUUUGGAUUCUCAGUUUCUUUUCA